GUGCGCGGGGCAGAACGACACUCGAGCGUCCCGUCGACGAGUCGUGCAGGCGAACGUGGGGCCGCUACACCUGCGCGACGACGCGGGGGCGGUGGGGGAAGAAAACAAGAACAACUCGCGUGAGCGCCAUCUGACUCCAGAUUGACCAUUAAAAAGAAAAGUGUUCCCCCCCCCCCACCCCACCCCGCCCCACCGCCACCCUUUAAAAUUUGGAGCCACGGGGGGGAGUUAGUGACAAUUGUUGCGUUGCGAGCGAGCGAUCGAAGAGGCUGCAAGUCAAGAUGAUGUCCUACAUAAAACAACCCCAUUACACCAUGAAUGGCUUAAAUUUGCCCGGCCCGGGGAUGGACGUGCUGCACACGACUGUCGCUUAUCCGUCCACACCCAGGAAGCAGCGAAGGGAGCGGACCACCUUCACGAGAACGCAACUGGACAUCCUAGAGGCCCUCUUCUCGAAAACCCGCUACCCGGACAUCUUCAUGAGGGAGGAAGUGGCCCUCAAAAUCAACCUUCCAGAGUCACGUGUGCAGGUGUGGUUCAAGAACCGACGUGCCAAGUGCCGUCAGCAGCAGCAGCAGAGCAGUGGGCAGUCCAAACCACGCCCCCCCAAGAAGAAGGCCUCCCCAGUGCAGGAGCCCAGCGCCCCCGAUCCCGUCCCAAACCCUUCCGGCUCGUUCAGCCCCUCGUCAGCCCAGUCGGGCGUCGGUUUGCUCCAGAGCUCCGGUACCGGAAACGCCGCCGUCUCCAUCUGGAGCCCGGCCAUCUCCCCCCUCCCCGACCCCCUGGCCUCCUCCACAGCUCCCUGCAUGCAGCGGCCCUCACCGUACCCGAUGAGCUACGGCCAGCCGUCAGCCUACGCCCAAGGCUACGCCAGCACCACCUCCUACUUCACAGGCUUGGACUGCAGCGCAUACCUGUCCCCCAUGCACUCGCAGCUAUCGGGCACCGGGGGCGCUCUCAGCCCCAUCACCGUGCCCUCCAUGGGGGGCUCCCUAAGCCAAUCGCCCGCCUCGCUGUCUUCACAGGGCUACAGUACCGCCUCCUCUCUGGGCUUCACCUCAGUGGACUGCCUGGACUACAAGGACCAGCAGGCCUGGAAACUAGGAUUCACUACAAUGGACUGCCUGGACCAUAAGGACCAAAACUCCUGGAAGUUCCAGGUCCUCUAGAAAGCGUUACAGGGCAGCGUCCAGUUUGUUAGUGUGAAGCGUGCUGCUGAUGUUCUUUUGUAUGAGUUUAAUUUCACUUUCAGGCAAGCGUUGUCGAGAAGCUUUUCCCCGCAAUAUAUUUGGACAGCAGUGAUGUUCUUGUUACUGCCAGACUACAAACAUAUUAUAACCAACAGAUCAAAAAGCUUUUAAGGCUCAUUUUCAUAUCAUUUGAUCAAUAAUGGUAAAGACAGGUAAAAAAAAAAAAAAAAAAUCUAGUUUAGCCAGUUUUCAUGCCGUCUUGGUUUUAUAUGGGUAAUUGUCUCUCUUGCUGAAACAGACCCACUUAUUUUCAAAUAUGAUCCUAACUACUCAUUAAACCCAUUUCACGCUUGUUUUUAUACAAUCGUAAUAACGGUAGACAUGCAACAGUGCGGACACUUACAAAUUCAUAAAUAUUUAUUCAUAUUUCAGAAACAACACCGUUUAUUUUGCUGUCGGCUAUUGUAUGAAUGAAAAAUGGCAACGUAAUCCUUGCACUUCAGCUCACAGAUCCCUCGGGUGUGUUGGAAAAACAUAAUAAGACUCUGGCCGGUGGCAUUAACGGUAAAGACUGUUUGGAAAAGGAAAAAAAAAAAAAAAAAAAAAAAAAAAAGAACUGAAAA